CUUCACUUCCGGUGGGAGCGCGUUUCUUUCGCACGUUUCGGAGAGCUUUAAGUUUCUCCCUCCUUCAAGCUUGCAGAUCCAGAGGAUUCAUUGGUGGACAAAAAGGGGAUCCAGCGCUUGUCCUGCUCUGCAGCUAUGACUGAGCCAGAAGUAAACCCUAAAGCUUAUCCACUAGCUGAUGCUCAACUCACCAAGACACUGCUAGAUCUUGUGCAACAGUCCUGCAACUACAAACAGUUACGCAAAGGGGCCAAUGAAGCCACUAAAACUUUGAACAGAGGAAUUGCUGAAUUCAUUGUGAUGGCUGCAGAUGCUGAGCCCCUUGAGAUCAUCCUGCAUCUUCCACUGCUGUGUGAAGACAAGAAUGUUCCCUACGUAUUUGUGCGCUCCAAGCAAGCCCUAGGCCGGGCAUGUGGUGUUUCUCGCCCCGUAAUUGCCUGUUCCAUUACAAUCAAAGAAGGUUCACAGCUGAAGCCUCAAAUUCAAUCUGUCCAACAAGCCAUUGAGAGACUAUUGGUUUAAAUUUGUCUGGUCCACUUUAUACUGAAUUAGAAUAACUCAAGAAAGAUUAUUAAUCUUUAGUUUGUAUCAAAUUGGGUUGUUUUUUUUUUGUUUUACUUGUACAGUAUUUGCAUUUGUUUCAGUUGUUUAUCAGGUUUGCCUCUUUAUUCUACCUGCCUCAAAGUUAUAUUUGCUUUUCAAGUGUUCAACACAGAACUCUUUAAUUCAUUUAAUAGGUUAUAGUUCUGGUGAAACUACUCUCUCCAAGUAGGAUUUAAUUAGCCCAAACUUUUUGAUAAUUAACAAACUAGAUAUACAGAAGAUUUUUGGCAGAUUUGGUUUCUAGGAAACAAGGCAUAUGCUGCCAGAUCUGUGUUUUACUCAUGUGUAGAAUGAGAAAACUGAAGGUGUAUCUUUAGCCUCUCCAAUCACUUGUCUUUAUGCAGGAUCAAAUGGAAGUUAGACUAUAGUACAACUCAAGCCAGGACCAAAAAUCUAGACUGGUCAAAACUUAACCUGAACACAUGCUCAAGAAAUAGAUAGAAGAUGAAAAGCUAUUGUAUUGCCAAAGAUGCAGGUUUUAACAUAACUUUUUAAAAAAUCCAAUCUUCACCUAUAUAAUUUACUAAUAUGCAAAGUGUCGUGAAGACAAAUCCUCAAGUGAUGCGCCUAUAGGAUUGUCCUUUGUACCCAUUAGUUGGGGGUUUACUGUCUUGCUUAAAAACCACAGCGGGGAAGCAGUGCCUUGCGAUCCACUGUCUCCCAACAGCCUCCCUGUUGUCCUGCCACCUUCCAACCACCACCUCUAACACACCAUCUGGGCCUCAGGAAGCAAACUGGCUGGAGAAGCGACCCUCAUCCUGCAUGCUGGACUGGGUGUGCUGAUUCCACCACGCAGGAUCAACCCCCACCUCCCUUCCCAAGACCUCCAGGCUUUGGGAAGCAAAGUGGAGGGUAAAAGUGUUAAGUCCAAUACAGAGGACUGGACCCCACAAACAGUUUGCCAACCUCCAGGUGUGGUCUGGAGAUCUGGAUUCAAAGGUGUAAAAUCACACCACUGAACCCACUUCCCCUGAAGAAGAUGGCUGCUUUGGAGGGUGGACUGUAUGGCUUGGUGGUUGUUGGGAACAUUGUAGGGCAAAGAUGGAAUUUUUCUCUCAAUCCCCCCCCAAAUUACACCAACUGUUUGCAAACCUCCAGGAGAGGCCGGAGAUCUGAACUUGCAACUAAUCUCUAUACCACUGAACCCACUGUCUAGAGCCCAUUGUACUGUUCAGCACAAUGGGCUUUACUUCUAGUUUAAUAUAUGCUUAUGUCACUUAAUAAGUAACUGCCCAUGUUAAGAGUUAGUUAGCUGAUGCCAUUGUACCAUAUAGAGCUGCUGCUAUUGUACCAUAUAGAAAGUAAACUCCCAAGUAACUUCAUGGCUGUUAUUGUGUGUGAACUCAAAGGUGUAGGACUUCCAUCAAAAAUUUUCCUGGUAUCAUUCCCAUGGGCCUGGAAAAUACAUUGAGAAGUUAUGUGUUCCUUAUAGUGACUGAAAUCAAGUUGACAAUUUGUUCUAUGAAAAGAGCUUCUAUAACUGCUGUACAUUUUCCUGUGAGAUGUAUAAUUCUUGCCUCCAUUUAUAAGUCUUGACUCAGAGAAUCUAGUGCUGUUUCUCCUUGGAGCUUGCAAACCUGGCUGAUUACUACAGCCCAGUCAGCUUUCAUGAAGGCAAAACUUUGUAACUCAAGCUCUGCAAGGAAGAGCAGCCAAGUUUUCUGAUUUGUUUAGCUUAUGAAUGAAACGCCAUUUUCUUUACACCAUUUUUAGUGUUCUCUAUAACACCAGCACUGUGCUACAGUCUGACCAAAAACAAUGGCAAUAAAUGGCUCUUGGUUUUGUUA